UUCAGAAUCCCAACUUCAAUAUGUUUGCGUCUGUGGCUUUACUCUUCUUGGUCCUUCUGCUCUUCCUGCUCCUCUUUCAGAACUUCAGGGCUAAAGGUUUCCCUCCGGGACCCCGGGCCAUUCCUGUCUUUGGGAACUUGCUGCAGCUCAACCUGGAGAGUCCCAUUGCAGAUCUGGAGAAGCUGGCCAAACGCUAUGGAAACAUCUACAGCAUUUUCAUUGGCUCCAGACCAAUGGUGGUAAUCAAUGGGCUCCAGGCCAUGAAAGAAGCUUUGGUCAACAAAGCUGGCGACUUCUCAGGUCGACCGCAAGACCUAAUGGUCAAUCAUGCCGUUCGAAUGAAAGAUCACGCUCCAGGAGUGAUUCUGGCAGAUUACAGCCCGAACUGGAGAGAGCAGCGACGCUUUGGUCUGAUGACCCUGAGAAACUUUGGUCUGGGCAAACAGUCCAUGGAGCAGAGGAUUCUGGGAGAGAUUCGCCACAUUACGAAGGUUAUGGAGGACAGUAUCGGUACGAUCAUGAGUCCUCAGAUGCUGUUCCACAACGCAGCCUCCAACAUCAUCUGCCAAGUUCUGUUCGCCAAACAGUUCGACUACGACGACGACUUUAUGAAGUAUUUCGUUACGGUUUUUCACGAGACGUCCAAAAUCAUCAACGGGUUCUGGGGUAUGAUUUAUGACUCUAUUCCCAUGGUGCGCAGCCUGCCGCUGCCCUUCCAGAGAGCUUUUGAGUUGUUCAAGGGUGCUCGAGAGAGACAUUUACAGAUGAUGACUGAGAAAAAAAAGACUUGGGUUCCUGGUAAACCGCGACAUUUCAUUGACUGCUACCUGGAUGAACUGCACAAGAGAGGAGAGGAUGGCUCGUCAUUUUCUGAGGACCAGCUCUGUGCGCUCCUCUUGGAUCUUCACUUCGCUGGAACUGACACGACGGCCAACACCCUGCUGGCUGCCUUCCUGUACCUCAUGAAUUACCCACACACACAGGAGCGCUGUCAGCAGGAAAUAGACAAAGUGUUGGACGGGAAGGACCAGGCCACUUUUGAGGACAGACACCAGAUGCCCUAUGUGCAGGCUGUCAUUCAUGAGACCCAGAGGAUGGCUAACACCGUUCCUCUCGCUGUUUUCCACAAGACCACUAAAGACACACAGUUAAUGGGUUACUCUUUACCCAAGGGAACCAUCGUCAUCCCCAACCUGUCCUCGGUGCUGUUCGAGGAGGGACAGUGGAAAUCCCCCCAUGAAUUUAACCCUGACAACUUCCUCAACGACCAGGGAGAGUUUUUUAAACCUGAAGCCUUCAUGCCUUUCUCUACAGGUCCUCGGGUGUGUCUCGGAGAGGCUCUGGCUCGUAUGGAGCUGUUUCUCAUUGUGGUGACUCUGCUGAGGAAGUUUACGUUCAUCUGGCCCGAAGACGCAGGAGAGCCAGACUUCACGCCCGUUUUUGGGACGACUCAGACCCCUAAACCGUUUCGCAUGAAGGUCCAACUCAGAAGAACCGACACAACAAAUCUAAACCACACGUUAUCCUAAUACUGUAAACUACUGAAGCACAUAAAACACAUUUUAGUUUAUUGAAGUUCUAUGUCAUUCUGAAUUAUGUGCAAACUAAAUGAUGAGAAAAUUAAGUGUAAACCUUUGUUUAAUGCAUAUGACGUAUGUAUAGUAAGAGUAUUUGUACAGCACGUUUCAACAUCAAGGUAAUUCAAUGUUCUUUUCAUAAGUUGUGACAAAUAAAACAUAAAUAAAAUUGUCAUUCAAAGUUAAAAUGA